AUGAGCGCGCAGCGCGUCCGAAGCCCGGCGGGCGCACGCGCAAGCCUUGCGCAGGACACCUUGCGGCUGGAGGGCGUGCUCUGGGAGCUGAAGGCCGACCUCGGCGAGAGCCUGCGGGCCCAGACCGCGGAGCUGAGGGGGCAGCUCGAGGCCCAGACCGAGCUGCUCCUGCAGGCGCUGGCUCCCUCGCGCGGGGCCGGGCAGCCCGCGCCACCGCGCUGCACGGCCUCGCCGACGCCCGCCCCAGCCACGGUGGAGCCGGACAGCCCCGCAUCGUCGGCGGGCACGGGCAAGCGCCCUGCGUCGUAUGGUUCGGCUUCGCCGAGGAAGGUGGGCCAUGCGUCCAGUAAUGCCGAGCUCUUCGCGGUGCAUUUCGAGCAGCACUGGCGGGCGUGCCGGACGGAGAUGUCGACGUCGGCGCGGUUUAACGUGAGGGAGUUCCUCAGAACGCUCGUGUUUGAGUCGCUGCCAUACUUCAUCUCCGGCCCGCUAUUGGUGCUCGCUGGCGAUCGCGAUGGGGCGAGGGCCAGAUACGCAUGGCCGUACAGCGUAGGAAAAAUGUGGGUCGAUCUAAACGGCACAGCUCUUUUUUGGCUAUAUUUCAUUUGCCAGUUGUUGUGGUAUCCCUUGCCAGACGUCAAUAUUUGGGAUGCCACCUUCCUCCUCCUGCUCAUGAUGUGCAGAUCUAGUACCGUUUCCGUCAAGUACGCGUUGUAUGGAGAGAAGGCUCGAGAGAGGAUGCGAUCGGCGUGGUACGUCAAGUUCAAGCGCAUUCUUGUAUCGACCAUGAGCGGCCACAUAUUGAACUUUGACGGGAUUCAGUGCGUUGCACUCUUGGAGCAGGCGUGCCUGUCGCAGGUGCGUGCCGACUGCGACCUCUCGACCGGGACGGUGCGCUUCUUCUGCAAGGAGGAUGCGGAGCGGUGCGCCGCUGUCGCCGCGGGGCUGAUCCAGCAAGUCGCCGACGUCGAAGCCGGCAUGACAGGAGCUGGCAGCCCCGACGAUCCCAGAGCCGGCGCUCCCGACGGCUGCACGCCGCCGGCGGCUGGCCCCGGGUGCCCGGCCCACUGCCACUUCGAGUGCCUGACGGAGGAAGCUCGCGGCAUCCUGGCCCGGUGCAUCCCCGCGCUGCUCAGGGCGCGAGACGACGAGUGCCAGGUGUCUACUUUCGCGUACGCCCUGUACCUGCUGCACGCCUCCCACAGCAUCUCGCAGAGGACGGGCCAAGCUCGCUGGGCCCCCUUUUUCGUGGUAGGGAGCCUGAUCGGAUGGCUGCCCGUCGUGAUGCGGGCUCUUCUCGGAGAGCCCGCGUUCGGGACCUCUGCCCGCGCCAACUUCCUGCUGGGCGUCCACCCGGUGGUGUACAGCUUCUUCGCUUCCACGCUGCUGUACUACGCGUGGGCCCCCUGCCUCUUCCGGUAUCGGCAGUACCGCCUCGAGGACUUGAUGCUCAAGAGCAUGUUGCUCCCCCAGGACCGCCAGCCGGUGCGCAUCAAGUGGCGGCGAGACACCAUGAAGACGCCGAGACUCGACAUGACCGUGCCGGAUAACGUCCUCGGCUGGGCGGCGGUUUGGCGCGUGCUGCAUGGGGGGGGCUUCCACAGCGCCUUCCAGAUUCGGUCCAACGUCUAUUGCAUGAUUACCUUCGGAGCAGUUAUCGUCGGCACAACACUUCAAACAGUGGCAUUCGAACUGAACAUGGACCCGUUCCCGCUGCCCAGCAAGGUUCAGGCCUUCGUCUCGCUGGGCCUGUCGGCGGCGUUUGUAUCCCUGCAUCUCUUGCUGGCUCACUUCUCCAAUUGCCUUGCCACCGAGCUCGGCGCAGGCUUGCAUAGCCAUCGCAUGAAUAUCGCGGCGAUCAUGAAGACGGAGGCUGUUGAGGACAGGCAGGACGAACUGAGGACGUCGUUCGAAUACCUUGACGCCCUGGAGGCAGAGACGUCUGCCAAGGCGUGCGCGCAUCCGGUCACGGUCGGCUUCGUCAAGGGCGACAUCGUGCGCUUGUACACGAUCCUCACUGUCUUUUCGGUCCUGUUAUAUACGGACCUGAACAGGCUGCGGCAAAUGGUGGACGAUGCGUCUCUGCCGGACCGCGAGGAUGCGGGGGAGCUCGACGAGGACAUCCUGCAGCAGCUUGUGAUCUACGGCUUCUCCAGGGAGUACGCGGUGAAGUCCUUGUGCAACAACAAGCAUAACCACGCGACCACAUCGUACCACCUGAUCAAGGAGAAGCUGCUGCGUUCUGCGGGGCAAUCCGAGCAGGACACGACCACCGCCGCCCUCGCGGACUUGGAGGCCGCAUUCGACGGCGGCGCGGAGGCGGGGCCGUGCUGGCCUCCGCCGCCGCCGUCGCCCACCGAGGCGCAGGCCGUGGCCGCCCUGGCGCGCGGCCGCCUGCGUUCCAGGCGAUCGGCGGCGACGAGGCGGCGAGGGGGCGGCGACGGCCAGCCCGGCCGGGAGCGCCACGCCUGGGGGCGGCGCGCACCGUGCUGGCACCAGCAGCACCCCGAGGCCGCCCCUGUCCUCCAGCGGCGGCCGGGGCCCGCCGGGCGCCGCGGAGUGGUGCGACGAGCCGGCGGCGCCGCUCACCGCGCGCGCGCGCCUGCAGGGCGCCGGGCCGGCGGCCGCCAGCGGGGGCGGGGCGAGCGGGCGGGCGCGCUCCGCGCGCGGCGCGGGCGGCGGCGGCGGCGUGGUGAUGUUGGGGCCGGGGACGUUCCAGGUGUCCUGCGGCUCCGGGAUUCCGCCGCAGGGCAUCGUGCACGAGGUGGUCCGCGCGCUGAAGGCGCGCGGCCUGCGGUGCCGUCAGCCUUCCGCCUUCGUGGUGCGCUGCGCCGCGGGCGGUGGCGUGCACCUCCUGGCGGAGGUGGGCCAGGAGGAUGUCGGUGGUGGCUACGCCCUGCGGCUGUCGCGGGUGUCUGGCGACCCGAGGCUCUACAAGGAC